AUGGAAGUUAAUACUGAUGAUAGCGGAUUCGCUGCUGGCUCGACUUUGUAUCACCGGGGUUCAAGAGACGGCGAAUACCUGCUUAUGAACAACUUACCCACAAACCAUGACGAAAUUAACGGAGAUAAUAACAAUCAUGUUGAUGAUUCCUGCACGAUAGCUCUGCGUGAGGCUGAGCCUAAGGAUACCACUGCUUCGCCCAAAAAAAUCAGGAGGAAGGACAAACUACUCCACAUCAAUGUUUGUGGCUCGGUUUACAUCACUCGAGAAUCAACUCUGGCCUACUUCCCUGAAACUCUCCUCGGCUCCUCGGAGAGAGAAGACUUUUUUCAUCCUGAAAUAGGAAUGUACUAUUUCAACAGGAAUAGGUCAAUGUUUGACGCCAUAUUGUAUUUUUACCAAUCUAAAGGAGUUUUUAAGCCUCCGACGAAUAUUGAUGAGGAUAUUGUCAAUACUGAGUUGGAGUUCUACAAGAUUUCUUUAGAUGAUAUUUUUGGGGCCGUUGAGGAGGCCAUCAAGAAGAAAUACGUUCCGACCACCUUAAAGCAAAAGAUCCGAGAGUUCAUGAACAACCCACACUACUCAAAAGGAGCAUGUGUUUGGGCGGUGGUGGAUAUCAUUUUCAUCUGUAUCUCCCUGACUCUCCUGGUGAUGGAAACUAUCCCUGAAAUUGUGAUCUACUUUACUGAUAACAAGGAGCCUCUUUACAUGUUCUUCCUUGUUCUAGAUACUCUUGUCAUUGCCUUUUUCAGUGUUGAUUUGUUUAUACGUCUCAUAACCUGGAAGAACAUGAUCAAAUUUCUCACCGUUCCGAUGCACAUCAUGGACAUACUAUCCAUUCUACCAUUCUACAUCGGUCUUAUCGCCGACAUGAUGUCUCAAACAACAGAUUCUACCAAACAACACGGCUAUGUGGCUCUAAGAGUCUGUAGGACGUUUAGAAUUGUGAGGAUAUUCAAAUUUGUGCGGCACUCCAAGGAGCUCAUUGUGGUGAUGAAGGUUAUAUCGGGAGCAGCAAAAGAGUUCCUAGUGCUCUUAUUACUAAUCCUAAUCUUCGUGCUCACAUGUGGAACUAUUAUGUAUUACAUCGAGUGUACAGACGGAGAUUCGGACAAUCAUGAUUUCAAAUCUAUUCUUGAGGGUUGCUGGUGGGCAGUGGUCACCAUAACAACAGUUGGCUACGGAGAUGUCGCACCUAGGACCCACCUUGGUCGGAUAUUUGGCAGUCUGGUUGUUGUCAUGGGGAUUGUUAUCCUUGCCCUUCCCAUGACUAUCAUUGUCAGCAAGUUUUCUAGCUCAUAUGAUGAAGAGAAGCGGUUCAUGGAACAAAAGAUGAUAGCGCGGUUAAGGCAGGACCGUGAGACUCAAAAUAUGUUUAUUUGGGAGGACGAAAGUUUAAAAACAGUUUCUGCUUGAUUGGCAUAUUUUAAACUGGUUUUAUUAUGUCGAUUGUGACAGGUUUUAACAAGUUUAGUUAUUUUGUGCUUGUAUGUGAGACUGCGACUAAUCUGCUAUGGUGGUCAUGGUAAUUUAAACUUGGAAUGGUUUGAAUUCUAAUGAUGGGCAGGGAUGUCAGCA